AUGGCUACUGAUAGGGUGCAUUUUACGGAAAGCAGUAGCAUGCGCCUGUCUCUUUCCUUCAUCGGGGUAUUGACCCUCGUCAUUUCAGGUGCCGCCGAGUACUAUGAACUGAAGGGCCAUUUCUCCAAUUUGCUCUAUUCGGUUGUGUCAUCUGGACCUGGAAACCUACCCGCAAAUCAUGAAGCCAACCAACAGCUCUUUCAAGAGCUGUCUGGUAGCCUCGCCGAAGAUCUUUCCGACUUCUAUGUGAAUAAUUACGAAAUUCAUGGCAUCGAUGCUGGCAAACCAACAGCAAUUUUUCAUGGAUUUUUAACGACAACUACAGCAUUGGAUAGACAACAGAUCAUAGAUCAAAUUACCCAAAGCGGAAAAGUGAAGCUAUACUACCUGAGUCAAAUUGAUGCACUUCCUCCUUUACCCCUGCUCGAAGACGAAGAUGUGACGUCUAACUUCACUUGCUACAAUGGCGGUGUUCAGUUACCGAAUAAUACUUGUGUGUGCCCAGCAUUUGUUACGGGACAACAAUGUGAAACUAUCACGUGUCUUCAUUAUGGUAUCCUUGAUAAAAAUCGCUGCGCUUGCCCACCCGGUGCCUAUGCCCUGAAUUGUGAGCCAAGAGGUUGUCUCCCCGCCGUGCAAGCAAGCAUGAAUACCAGCACACAGUCAUUCAUACUUGUGUUGAAUUUAAACGCAAGCAUGGCACUGGAUCUUAAUUUUUUGAUUGGACAGAUGCCCAUCUGGAUCAACGAUAUCAACACCGCCGCACCAGGACUGAUUGAUAACUAUAUUAUCACAACAUACUUGACUUACAGAAGUAGCUAUUACAUGGAUAAUCAAGUAUUUACAACAUUGGAUGCUUUCUUGGAUUAUCUACGCGGUAUAGUCAUUUCGGAUGGAGAUGGGGACCAACCUACUAUCGCAGCUAUAAAUAAUGCACAGUCACACUUUUCGCUGAUGCAUCCGGCUUCGAAUGUGUACGUGUUUGCCGAUUCACCGGAUUCUAGCGAUAUUGCAUAUGACCCAAAGCUAUCAUCAAACACUAUUGAGCUGCAAACUAUUCAGCGAAUGUUGGCUUGGAGAAACAAGUUGGUUGUUAUAUUGUCCAAGACUGACGCAACUCCUAUGGACUACUCCGGUAACUAUUAUGAUGUAUUUCGUCGAGUUGUUAAAGCCACACAGGGGGAUUUGAUUGUCGUUGAAAAGUCGAAUAUAGCAAAUGUAAUUGACCAACUAUUGCCAAAUUACUUCCAAAUGGAAACUAUGGCCUCUGUUUAUGAUGUCAACCCCAGCUUGAAUAAUAUUGAAAUUAGCAUUAAAGCUGAUUAUCCUACACAAGUUGUCUACAUACUUAUCACGAGCGAAAAUUCGACAGUCCCUUCGUAUCUUGGUCAGAACGGUAAAACGAUGCCAGACCCGGCAGCGCAAGGCAAAUAUUUCAAGCUCAUUCGGACCAGUGCUGAUGUAACGAAAAACAUAACAAUAUCAUCAAAUAAGCCAUCGAAAACAAAUGUUCGAAUCUGGAUCAAUUCACCGAACACCUCCUUUUUGGCAAGUAGCUCCGAUCCUACAGUGGAUGUUGGUAGCGCUGUCAGCAUUUCUGAUCAUCCUCCUCCUGUUCCGUUCACAUGCAUGAAUGGAGGUAGUAGAGCUGGUACUAACUCGUGUCGCUGUACCAGUCAGUUCACAGGACCAAACUGUGCCAUCCCCGUUUGUCAAAAUGGAGGAGUGGUGGAAAAAUUCCCGGGUAACGGUAGGCCGUUGUGUCAAUGCCCGGUUGGUUACGGUGGAGAUCACUGCGAUAUUUUAUCAUGCAAUUCACCCUCUCCAAAUGUAUUCGGCUCUACUAAACGUUCAUUAGCUGUAAUCAUACAAAGCAGCUUCUCACAGGCUCAGAUUGUGAUCGUGAUAGCUACUUAUAAAUUGUCAAAUAACAGAUAUUCUCAAUCGGUUACGCAACCCUCGCUGGACGCACUUUGGAAGACCAUACAUAGCACAUCAUACGAUAAAUCUUCAAUAUUUCUCUUCACCGAUGCUUCUCCUUCAGUCUCCACAAGUGACGCUAGCAUUCCGAACAUUGUUCUCGCAGCCAUCGAGCGGCAGCUGCAGAUCAAUGUGAUCAUAACACCACCAUUUCAAACUAGCAGCAUGUGUAUGUCGUAUGGAAAUGCUUCCGUCUAUACCCAAAUAGCUCUGCAGACUGGCGGAACAAUUCUGAAUCUGUGCCAAACGUAUGAAAAUACAUAUCCGAGGGAUAUCAUAACAGAGUUCUUCACCGGCUAUGGUGCAUCUCACCAUCAUGUGGAGACUUUGCAAGAAUCUCUACUUGUCGAUUGUUCUGUGCUGGCAAAGACACAAUUCUACAUAGAUGAUGUAUCUGCUCAAGUUUAUGCGUUCAUCAAUAGUGACCAGGUAGAAAAUUUCACUGUUGGAGUGAUAGACAGUGACAAUGGUCCGGGAGUGCAGCAGUUAUAUUCGUCAGUGAAAAUGCCAUUUUUUGGAAUUUAUCAGAUAUAUCCGAACGCCUACAAUCGCAAUGGGUACAUCCUUCAAGUUCAGUCAGAUGCUUCUUCAAUUAACCGCAAUGGCUCGUGCUCCGUGCGAAUAGUGGAAAAAACUCAAUUUGCUGUAUAUCUCGGAUUUACGCCAAAUCCAUCUGAAGAUAGCCCUUCACCGACUCUUAAAUACGCAAUUGCUGCCAAUCCCGUUGUUCACGUAAGCUCACAACUGCAGUCGGAUGUGCGACCAAAUAUUCUCGUAUGGAAUAGCGAUGGAACAGUAGGGUAUAAUGCUACUAGCGUGCGUCGACUUCCUUCAUGUCGUUACGAGAGCUUCUUCAGCACACCGUUCACUUGUACAAGUCCUUAUAGUUACUUUUUGGCUACGGUCACCUUGCAAACGAAUGAUACGGUAAUGCAACGAACUCAGCGUGCUUACUGUUAUCUGGAUGCCACUGCAUGCCUCAAUGGUGGUUCACCCACUAAUGGGUUCAUUGGCGCAAAUUGUGAAAAUCCUAUUUGUCAAAAUGGCGGCUCGGCGAAAGACUAUAAAUGCGUAUGCCCUGCGGGAUAUAACGGACAAUUCUGCCAGUACAUAACUUGUCAAGAGUGGAAUUAUUUGGAGACACAUGACGUUAGACAGCACGAAUUUCGACAGAUAAUCCCAGCAUUUAUCAGCCAAACGGAAAGCAACGACAUUCCCAAGCAGUAUUCUUUGGUGACCUUUGAUGAAAAAGGUGUGACCAAUGUGAUAAGCACAGCGAAUACUGAUCAAUUUAUCAAUGUGUUUAGCAGUACAAUGAGUAGCUUUACAAACUCUGAUCCAGAGUCGACGAAAGCUGCUGACGCUUUGGAAGAGGCGUACAAAAUCACUAUACAGCCACCCUCAGUGAUUUUCUUGUUCACCGCUCAUAAUUUCACUACAUUUAAACCUGUUUACAAUAGACGACAACAUUUAGGCACUCAGGUGAAUAUUUUCUCUAUGCAACGAAUGAAUUACCCUCAACAACCAACUGACUUCAAGGUGGCCAUGAUCGCUCGUCCAACUGGUGGACGCCUCUUGCCAUUGACAAUGGGCGCCUCGUCGAGUUUUCUGAAAGUGCUCACAUCAAUAGUCAAAGAAAAUGCUCUUGUUUACGACGAUGGAUUCAAGAACUGCACUUCUCCUCAAACGUCCAAUUUCUUCAUUGAAUCCACAGCAUCUCGAGUAAUUUUGCUUAUCACCGGAAAUGAUGUAUCAAAAUCAAGAGCGGUUAUCGUUACGGAUGGACAAGGCAAUAAUGUUCCGGUAUUCCCUCAACUAGCAAUGUUACAAGAUACAGCAGCUCUUGUGAUCGACUUUCCAUUGAAACAAGAAGGACCAGUAGGAGGAAAAUGGACAGUCACUAUCAAAACCACUUCUGGCAGUUGUUUUAUUCAGGCUCGAACAGAAUCUCCUAUACAUGUAAUACCCGGAUUCUCUUCAGCACAAGAUAUAGAUUUUGUAAAGAAUCAACCAUUUUCGUCUCUCGGCAGCAAAGGCAGCAACAAAACUCUCUUCGUCACUGCUCGAGUGACGAAUUCACUUAAUGCGAAUCACGGUGUUACGUUGAAGCAGCUGAACAUUGAUAGCGCAGACUAUUCACAGCCAUGGCAGGACCACACGGACAUUAGUCAGCGCAUUAACCUUAGGGAUCCUACCGGUUGCGCUAACCAGUUUAUCACUGAUGGUUUUCUAAGUCCGACGUACACCUAUCAAAGAUAUACAAUUUUUGGCACUGAUGACCAAAACGUGAACUUCCAAAGGACAUUCUUCUACACGCAACCGCAAAAUGAUGCGAAUACACAAUGUGUGAAUGGACAAAGAAACACUUACGGUGAAUGUUUGUGUGACAACAUACACACGGGAGAUUACUGUAAUGACAGGAAAUGUUUGAAUGGAGGCACGCCUAGUCUUGGAAUUUGCGUGUGUUCAAAUGGAUUCUAUGGCGAUUACUGCGAAAAUGCUCUGGGUGAUACGUCGCUAGCCACAACAACUACAUCUAGCGCCACGAGACAAUCUUCACAACCUUCCUCAAAAGGAAUGUCUACCUCCGCUUGGCUCACAACAGCGUCAUCAACAAUCCUUACGACCACUCUCGAAACAACGGAAGGUCCACCUCCUAAGUGUUUUCCCAAGACAACAAAUUUUACGAUUAGUUUUCUGAUCGACGCAUCGAAUUCUUUUCUUCUUGACGAGCAAGAGACGCUGAUAAUGACAGUUGCUGCUCAGUUCAACCUAGGCGAUAAAAAUCUCCAGACAACCUUUACAAUUGCAGGAAUGGCACAGGCUUAUAUCCCGGGAGGAAAAGCUAAAAGUACAGGCGAUAUAGAUGGUGAUAUCAAAACCAUAACUAAGAAUGACUAUUUUGGACAGUUUGUGUUGAAUGCUGGAGCUUCAAUGGAAGGAUUUCGUAACAGUUCUGACUCAGUAGUCACAGAUUUCAAACCUCCGUUUGCUGUAGUGCUCAUGGGUCAGAAAUCUAUGGAUGACAUUCGUGUAGCAUACACAAAUCUUUCCAAAGAGGGCUACAAAUUACUAGCGAUCGAUUUAACUCCCGAUGGUCAAGUUGUUCCUACACUCACACCAGUGUUCGGUGCUAAAAACGUGAAAGCCUUCACAAAUACUGAAAGUCAUAGUGACUAUCUUUUCACACAACAAUCAACUGAUAUUCAAGCUUUGAUGAAAUGCUUUCAGGAAAUAUUCUUGAAGCUAAAUGAGGACAGUCUGCAUGCAUCGUCUCGUAACAUCAAGAAAGUUUUAAUUGGCGUUUGA